GUGUGUCCAUAAUAAACAAUUCCUUAGCAGUGGUGUGAGGGGAGUUGAACUCCAAGCUGCUGACCAAUGAGAUGGAGGCCGUACAAUCAUCCCAGCAGCGGCAGCAGCAUCAUUGUGUUGUGUGUGUACGAGUGUGUGAGCGUGUGUGAGUGUAGUAGUAGCUUUAAACGGGGGAAUCUGGACACCCUCUCUGAAUUGAAUAGGACCCUCUGCAGGCAGGCCGUGCUUCUUCUGCCCCUUCUCAAUGUGCUCUUUACCAAAUGGAAGCAGAGGUGUUGAACCCGCAGAUGAUGGCAGACGUCAACGGCAACAACAAAAUCACCAACGCGGAGCUGGAGGUGCUGAAGCUGCAGGAAUUGGUCCGAAAAUUGGAGAGGCAAAACGAACAACUGCGGACCAGAGCGAACGCUGUAAACAAUUGCUCCGUCGGCCCUCCUCAUCUCCAGACCUCGUUGUCGUGUCUGCUCGGCGGUACAGCGUGUGCGAGUGACUACGUCCCCGGCAAAUAUGGCAUUUCGAGCCCGACACAGUCGCAUCCCUGUCCCCCCGGAGCCCGGGGAGCGACGGAGGAGCCGUUCGCGUAUUUUCAGCCGAGCUCGGUGUCUCCUGGCGCCGCCGCCGCCGCUGGGGAGGACGGCGCCGCCCCCGGAGCCACCACGACCGUUAUGGAUGAGGUUGAUAUUUUGGACCUCGACGCCGCGCUCCCUUUCGGAGAGCCCGAUAGCUGGCUGUACGUGAGUCCCAAAGCCAAGCUGUGGGGCGGGAGUGUCCUCAGCCCUCUCCAGUGGUGCAGGCAGGUACUGGAUCACCCGGGGCCCGAGGUGGAGCUGGCCAAGAUGACCCUCUGCCACAGGCUGGACCAAGCUAAGCGGUGGCGAGGACUCCCCUCGGUCCGUCCAUACAGCUGCAUAGAGGGACUGUCCACCCUCAGCUGCCCCGUGCUGCCUUACACGAAACCUGCUGCACCAACCGUGGCCCCAGCUCCAUUGCCAUCAUGCGCUCAGUCUUUCCUCCAGCCUCUCAGGGCCAGCCUCAGUGACAGAGCGCCCACCUUCCUAUCAAACUCCACUCUCCACAACGUGGGCCGCCGACACGCGGCAAUCAGCCCCCAGUCUUCCGUGGACAGUGAGGUGGGUGUGUCAGAUCUGGAGGACGACUCCAUCUCUAUGAGCUACAAACUGCAGGACAUGACGGACGUGGAGGUCAUGGCACGACUUCAGGAGGAGAGCCUCCGACAGGACUACGCCUCUACCUCGCACACCGCCACAGCCGGCCAGCGCAGAUCCAGCUUCUCCUUGCACUCCCUCCGGCGCAGCGAGAUGGAUCUAGAGGAGGAGGACGAGGAGGAGGACGAGUGUUACGACCAGCUCCCGCCUCCCCAGCCUCGACUGUUCGGCUCUAUGCAGCGGGGCGGCCUGCCCCACUCUCACACCUUCUCCAGUAUCAGAGACUGCAGACGCAGCUCAAUCGCACCUCAGUUCUCACUCAGCGGACUCUCCCAGUACUCUGGACCCCUCAGCCUGACCAUGGAAACACACUCAGCAUACAGGAAUAGCACAGACAAGCUACGGAGAAGCAUGCCCAACCUGCUCCGAGCUCCCAGCAUGCCCAGUGUUCCCAGCAUUCCAUGCCUGGCUUCCCCUGUCUACCCACCCUCCCACGGCCCUUCCUCCUUGCCAACGAUAUCCUCCCUGCGGAGCAGCCAGAGCUUUGACUCCUCCAGUGGGCUUGCACGACUCCAGUCCUCCAUUCCCUCCCCAGGCCAGCUCACCCAGCGGGUCCAGAGCGUGGGCAACUUCCCCACCACUCCCCGACACCCGCUAAAAGCCACGGCCUACGUGAGCCCCAUAGUGCAGCAGGGCCCCACCUCCACCUCCCUGUCCACCUCCAUCAGUCUACACUCCAUACCCGGCAGCGCGGGACCGCCUCAGCCCCUCAAACUGAGCAGCAGUUUGGUGCUGCAGCCCCUGAAAGUCGGCGGCAAUCAGCCGGCCGUCACCCGCAGCUCCCUCCCUCGCCCGGCCUCCUUUGUGGGAACGAGUGGAGUUCCACGUGCAAGCAAGAUCGGCCAGCCCACACGCAGUUUGCUGACUCCUCCAAAGAGCCUGGCUGCCCUGACAGCCCUGAGGGACGGCAGCUGGAAAGAUGGCUGCUACUGAACCCAAAUCAGACGGAAGCUGAGGAGGGAUCCCAGGGCAACGCACUGAUUUCAAGUGUUGCCGUCAGGAGGGCCCGGCUGCGACCCAAGAGAGAGUGGCUGUUAGCGUUUGUAAAGGCCGCUGCUCUUCACUUGAAGGACUGAGAACAGUACGGGUCCAGCAGGCUGGACCUUCACAUUACUACCUGUUGAAACACAGACUGACACACGAUGGAACAACCUGGCAAAAUUCUGAUAAUCUGUUGUUCCGUGUGAACUGGAUCUUCUUUGAUAUGCGUUUUUUUUGUGGAUGGUUAGAGUGAAGCUUCGGGAAAAGACAGCCCGCGCUUUUGUACAUGCUUUUACUGAUUUCAUACGACUAAUUUAGCAACUAUUGAUUUUUGUCAGACCGUGGUGUCGGAUAUGAAGUUGAACCUGGGAUUUUGUUACAUCCUGUGCCUGUUGAAAAGUAGUGUAUUUGAUAUUAUAUUUAUUGGCUGGACCUCGCAGCAUUUUUGAUCAGAGCUCUGAUUAACACAUUAUAGUGUUUCCUAAGUGAAGUAUGACCUUGGUUAAAGUAAGUGUGCACACGUUAUCCUUACUAUUAUUUUCCUUAUUGUUUACAUAAGAGCUGAGAUUUUGAAUGCUCUUCGAUAAACAUAAUCGCUGCAAUGAUAUUGCACAAAGAGCCCUGAUGCUUUUUAUGGCUGACAAGACUUUAAAGAGGAGGUGAAUUUUUC